AUGGGAGUCAAAGGUCUUAAUCAACUCAUAAAGGAGCAUGCCCCUGAUGCGUUCAAGGAGUUAACCAUGAAAAACCUCUUCGGAAGAAAAAUAGCCAUUGAUGCGUCCAUGUGCUUAUACCAAUAUCUUAUUGCAGUUAGGCAGCAAGAUGGCCAGCAGUUGACUAGCGAGGAUGGCGAGACCACGUCCCAUUUGCUGGGCAUGUUUUACAGAACCAUCCGUAUGGUGGAGAAUGGUUUGAAGCCAUUGUAUGUCUUUGAUGGCAAGCCGCCAGUGUUGAAAGGAGGGGAGUUGGAAAAGAGAUUGUUGAAGAGACAAGAAGCUGAGAAGCAGAUGGCAGAAUUGAAAGAAACAGGUACAGUGGAAGAGUUAAUGAAGUUUGAGAAGCGGACAGUGAGAGCGUCUCGUGAACAGAAUGCCGAGGCCAAGAAGUUGCUAGAAUUAAUGGGUAUUCCGUAUGUGGACGCCCCGUCGGAGGCCGAGGCCCAGUGUGCUGAACUAGCCAGAAGUGGCAAGGUUUUCGCCGCGGCUUCCGAGGACAUGGACACGCUAUGUUACGAGCCCAAAUUCUUGUUGAGACACUUGACAGUUGCAGAGGCGAGAAAACUCCCGAUUGACCAGAUCGAGUUUGCCGAGGUGUUGAAGGGUUUGGGCAUGGACAAGUCCACAUUUGUGGAUAUGUGUAUCUUGCUUGGAUGUGACUACUGCGAGACAAUCAAAGGCGUGGGUCCAGUGACGGCUUUCAAGUUGAUCAAGCAGCAUGGCUCGUUGGACAACAUUGUUGAGUGGAUCAACAACAACCCCGAGAAAACCAAGUACCAGGUUCCUGAAAACUGGCCAUAUAAGGAGGCCAAGGAGCUUUUUAUGAACCCGGAACUACUCAAAGAUGACGAGAUUGACUUCAAAUGGGCAGAGCCCAAUCUCGAUGGCCUCAUUGAGUUUAUGGUCAGGGACAAAGGCUUUAGCGAGGACAGAAUACGCAGUGGUGCAGAGAAGUUGAAGAAGGGCCUCAAAGGAGGCGUACAAGGCCGUUUAGAUGGGUUUUUUACCGUGGUGAAGCUGACUCCGGCCAAAAGAAAGGCAGAGCCCAAGACCAAAAACGGCAAGAAGAAGGCCAGGAAAUAA